GAUGCGUUCGUGAAAGCAGAGCUAAAAAGAAGUCUGCCUGCAGUCUCACGUCUGCUCUUCCAGAUGGGUUCACGCUUAAUUUUGGUCCUUCUCAUGAUUGCCGCUGUGUCUGUUGUUGAAGCACAGUUAAGCUACUACGGCGGUUAUCCCUGGGGAGGAUACGGCCCAGGCAUGUGGGGAUAUCGACCGUGGUGGUGGCGUAGACCGUUCUUUGGACCUAUGAUGUGGGGAGGAUACGGGAUGAUGCCCUGGAUGUACGGAGGAUGGAAGAGAAAGUAAAAAAAAUGAUCAAGAAUUAUUCGAUGCUUCUUGCCGCCUUUGUACAUUCGAUCUCUAUUUUUCUCCAUUACACUUUGUUUCAUAAAUUAAGAUUCUCCCGCGAGUUUGAAGCACUGUGCGUCUACUUGAAACUUAGAACAUAUUUUUAUGAGGCAUUUGCCUAUCAGAAAGCGCAGUGGAUGCUAUAUCGCUUACAAAAACUUAGAUGUUGCGUUUGAAAGUUUUACCAUAUGCAAUUGCAUUCUUGUGUGGACGGCUACGAG